AGGCUUCUGUACGGAGCCUCCUAACGGCUCUAAAAUUCCCGAUCCAGACUAGAACCAGGACUAGAAUUCUCAAUCGCGGAUCGGCUCCAGUCCCCUGAAUUCGCGGUUCUAGUCGCCGCCAUGACGGUGAUCACGAGUGCGAGCGGCCUGCUGGCCAUGCUGGACGAGGAGGAGCCCGCGCUCCGCGUGCACGCUCUCAAGAAUCUGAAUCUGCUCGUCGGCCAGUUCUGGGCCGAGAUCUCCGCUAACAUAUCCACCAUUGAGAGCCUGUACGAGGAUGAGGCAUUCGACCAUCGCGAGCUGGCAGCUCUCCUCGCUUCCAAGGUGUUCUACUACCUGGGCGAGCUCACCGAUUCGCUCACCUAUGCCCUUGGCGCGGGGUCCCUCUUUGACGUCUCGGAGGAGUCGGAAUACGUGCAGACGCUCAUUGCCAAGUGCAUUGACGAGUACAUGGAUCUGAGUGUCAAGCGUGCCGACUCCCGUGACCCCGACGGCGAGUUCCCCCUGGACCCGCGCCUCGUGGCCAUCGUUGAGAAGAUGCUCGACAACUGCAUUGAGGAGCGUCAGUUCCAGCAGGCCAUCGGGGUGGCGCUGGAGUGCCGGCGCCUGGACAAGCUGGAGGCAGCUGUGGCCAGAAGCGGCAACUCGCGCUCGCUGCUCGCCUACUGCCUGCAGGUCUCCCACUCCCUUGUCAACCGCCGCCAGUUCCGCCAGCAGGUGCUGACCACGCUGGUCAGGUUGUACCAGCAGGCGGAGUCCCCCGACUAUGGCAGCAUCUGCCAGAUGCUCAUGUUUCUCAGCGACGCAGCAGGGGUGGCGGCCACGCUGGACCGCCUCAUCAAGGGGCAGCACGAGGAGGACGCGCUGCUGGCCUACCAGGUCGCCUUCGACCUCUUUGAGAACGAAUUUCAGCAGUUUCUGGUGACGGUGCGGGAUGCACUCCCAGACCCCCCUCCCCCGCUUGCUCCUGCUCCUCCUGCCCCUGCUGCUGCUGCUGCUGCACCGGCUGCGGAAUCCGCUGCUGCUGCUGAUGCUGAGGGUGCUGCAGUGGGUGCGUCAGCUAAUGCUGCUGCUGCUCCUGCCACGGAUGCGGAUGCUGCUGCUCCUGCUGCCGCUGGUGAUGGUGCUGGUGCUGCCGCUGGUGAUGGUGCAUCAGACGUAGCAGGAGCAGCAGAGGCUGGUGAUGCCGCAACAGCAAUGGAAACAGAGGAAGGAAAGGGAGGUGCAGGAGCAGCGAAGGCAGACGGGGGAGAGGCGUCAGCAGCCACAGCAGCUGCUGAGGAGGAAGGGAAAGCAGGCGAAGGAAAAGCAGCAGAGCACGGAGAGACUGCCAAGCCUGCUGCUGCCGAGGCUGAUGGGCCAAGCACCAUGGACACUGCCGAGGCAGCUGGUUCCGGUUCGGCUGACGCUGCAGGUUUGGGAGAGGGCGAGGCGUCUGCCGAGGCUGCGCCGAGUGAGGAGGUGGUAUACGCGGACCGGCUGGCGAAGCUGAAGGGAAUCCUGUCGGGGGAGACCCCGAUUGGGCUCACUCUGCAGUUCCUCUACAGCCACAACAAGGCUGACUUGGGGGUGCUGAAGGCGAUCAAGCAGGUGGUGGAGACGCGAAACAGCGUGUGCCACAGCGCCACCAUCGUGGCCAAUGCGUUCAUGCAUGCUGGUACCACAGUUGACACCUUCCUCAGAGACAACCUGGACUGGUUGAGCCGAGCGACCAACUGGGCGAAGCUGAGCGCCACUGCAGGCCUGGGAGUGAUACACAGGGGCCACCUGCAGCAGGGGCGCUCCCUCAUGGCGCCAUAUCUGCCCCACGGGGCGGGGGGCGGUGCAGGGGCAGCAGGCGGGCUGAGUGGGAGCCCAUUUUCGGAGGGCGGGGCGCUGUAUGCUCUGGGGCUGAUUCACGCCAACCACGGGGAGAGCAUCAAGGGGUUCCUGCUGGAGAGCCUCAGAAACACCAGCAACGAGACUAUUCAACACGGGGCAUGUCUCGGUGUCGGACUAGCGGCCAUGGGCACGGGCGACGAGGAGGUGUAUGAGGACGUGAAGAGCGUGCUGUACACUGACAGUGCCGUGGCUGGGGAGGCAGCCGGCAUCGCCAUGGGGCUGCUGCUGGUGGGGUCGGCCAGUGAGCGGGCGGCUGAGAUGCUGGCGUAUGCGCAUGACACCCAGCAUGAGAAGAUCAUCCGGGGUCUUGCUGUUGGCAUAUCCCUGGUGGUGUACGGGCGAGAAGAAGAAGCUGACAUUCUCAUCCAGCAGAUGACAACGGAUGCCGACCCGAUACUGCGCUACGGAGGCAUGUAUGCCAUCGCCAUGGCAUAUCGCGGGACUGCUAACAACGGGGCCAUUCGCCAGCUGCUGCACUUUGCCGUCAGUGACGUCAGUGAUGACGUCAGGCGUGCCGCUGUGCUGUGCCUGGGGUUCGUCCUCUGUGGCGAGCCAGAUCAGGUCCCUCGCAUGGUCUCUUUACUCGCCGAGUCCUUCAACCCCCAUGUGCGCUACGGGGCUGCCAUGGCAGUCGGUAUUGCGUGCGCCGGCACAGCGCAGAGGAGCGCCCUAGACCUGCUGGAGCCGUUGACAUCAGAUGGGGUGGAUUUCGUGCGGCAGGGGGCGCUGAUGGCGACGGCCAUGGUGCUCAUGCAGUGCUCCCAGGAACGCGAGCCUCGAGUUGUGGCGUUCAGGCGCCAGCUCGAGAAGGCCAUUCACGACAAGCACGAGGACACCAUGUGCAAGAUGGGCGCCAUCCUCGCCUCAGGCAUCAUCGACGCCGGCGGCCGCAACGUCACCAUCUCGCUGCGGUCCCGCUCCGGUUACGACCGCGUGACCGCCGUCAUCGGAAUGGCGCUCUUCACCCAGUACUGGUACUGGUUCCCCCUCCUCCACUUCCUCUCGCUCUCCUUCUCUGCAACGGCGCUCAUCGGGCUUCAGGGGGACCUCAAGGCGCCGAAAUUCGACUUUGUCUCGGAGUGCAAGCCGUCACUGUUUGCGUACCCCCCGCCGGCGGUGGUGGCUAGCAGCAGCACCGCGGUUAAGGCGCCGGUGGCUGUGUUGUCGACGGCAGCGCGUGCGAAGGGGCGGGCGAAGGAGAAAGAGGAGAAGAAGGAGAAGGAGGAGGACAAGAAGGAGAAGGAGGGCGGGGAGGGGAGGGGGGCGAAGGGUGGGGUGGCAGAGGGUGCGGCGGCGUCUGGAGGGAAGGGGGGUGAGGAGAAGGAGGGGGAGAAGAAAGAAGAUGAGAAGAAGGAAGGGGAUGCUAUGGAGGUGGAAGCCUCUAACCCUACCCCUGCUGCUGCUGCUGCUGCUGCUGCUGCUGAACCAAAGAAGCCAGCCGAACCAACGUCUGAAAUUCUCCACAACCCUGCCCGAGUGCUGCCCGCACAAGAAAAAUACAUCCGGUUUCCAGAAACCUGCCGCUAUGCACCAAUCAGGAAGCCCACAUCCGGUUUUCUGAUGCUGAAGGAUCGCCAGCCUGAGCUGCCCGAAGAAUUGGCACUCACCGAUGGGCCCAAUGCUGCAGCGGCCGGAAAUUCCGGUGCUGCCCGAACUGCAGCUGCUGCCGCACCGGCUGCUGCUGCUCCACCAGGGGCUUUCAGGAGGAGUGGAGGGGGAGGAGGUGCGGGGAGGGGGAGAGGAGGGGGGCCUCCCCCACCUCCCCCUCCUCCUGCUGAUGAUGAUGAGGACGAGGAGGAGCCUGCUCCCCCGGAGGCCUUUGAUUUCCGUUGAUUUUGUAGCUGUAGUUUCUUUGUUGCGAUAGGACGUCGUGAAUCGUGAGUCGUGACAUGCUAUGCCGCUUUAACGCAACCUCCGACCAUUUUUGCCUUGGACAACCCCUUGGAUGCGACCAUUUGUUUUCCCAUACCUCUUUUGGAGUUCUGAAAUGGCAUGUGAUGUGCUGCAUGGCCUGGCGGAGGAAGUAGAUGAUCGUGGUUUGGAUGGUGUUGUGAAUGCUGCAGUAUGGUUUAUUACUUCCUGUGGACUUCGUUUUGUGC